AUGUUAUUGAAUCCUGUUCUCAACACAGAAACAUUGCAAUGCAGUGAAGAUAUCAAGGUUCUAAUUGAGGAGAGUUUAGGUUUCAUCACCGAAGCUAUCAAUAAAUAUGGACUGGAAAACAUCGCUCUCGCGUUCAACGGAGGAAAAGAUUGCACCGUACUUCUCCACCUGUUACAUAUGACACUUCAGAGACUCAACUUACACAACACUAAAGUAAUAACCGUUAAUAUUGAAACUGAGGAGGUUUUUCCUGAACUCAAUAACUUUAUAGCCCAAUCUGCAGAUUUGUACAGACUAACGAUAGUAAAGAAGAAUGGUAAAAUAAAAGACGCGCUGUUCGAACUGAAGGCUGACAUGCCUCACUUGUCGGCUGUACUAAUGGGCACCAGAUCCACAGACCCCUACUCAGCCUCUCUUCGCUCCUUCACGCCCUGUGAUCCGGGCUGGCCCAGUCUGAUGAGGGUUAGCCCCAUCUUAUCCUGGUCCUAUACACAAGUGUGGUGCUUUAUUAGGGAGAUGAAUGUACCUUACUGUACUUUAUACAAUGAGGGGUACACUUCCUUAGGUAAUAUUCACAACACUCAGAGGAACCCAGCCUUGCUUUGCGAGGAUGGUACAACCUACAAACCCGCAUAUUGUCUGACAGAUGGUGCGAAGGAGCGCGCUGGCAGAACUAAGUGAAGUUUGUGCUCU